AUGACCAUGUUAGCCACCGGAGACCGGCGUAUUACCCUUUUUGAAGGUGAAAGAAAUCAUCUUCUUCCUUUGCACUCCACAGAUGCCUUGGAGUCAAAUCUUUACUUCUAUGUUGGAAGGAUGAUAGCGCAUACAUUUCUGCACAAAGGUUACCCUUUCGUGGGUAUGGCACAAGCAGUUGUUCAGUAUAUUUUUUCACAAAGUAUUGAGUCUAUUCCGCUUAUUUCUAUAAAGGAUGUUCCUGACCUUACUAUUCGGCAAGAUAUUGAAAAGGUAAAGUAAGUAACUGUAUUCCAAAUGGACAUAUGCAGCAUAAUAUAGGACCGUUCCACCAGAAAAAAAAAUGCACGAGAAGUGUCUUGAUAUAAGACACCACUUUACCUAGUAUAUUUUCAACUAUAAUUAGCAUAAUUCAAAUUGGAAAAUCAGUGGUGUUUAUGUUUUGGAAAGGAAGGGCCUCUUGCAGUUAGAACAACCAUAUCCAGAUGUACAGUAGAUGCAAGACGGCCAUUUUGCAAUUCCAUGACUAUCAAUUUGUAUUCAGUAUUUUUUCUUAGAUAAUGAAUCCAAAAAGCGACAAACUGUUGGAUGUGAAUGCUUGUGACAAAAUCAUUACACUUCUCAGUACGAGUGGUUUUGUGAAUAAAGUUUUAACUACAGAAAACCAAGAAAAAGCAGUUCAAGACAUCCUUGUCUACCAUGUGCUUCGAAUAUGA